UCCCAGUGCCAUACACAAACAUACUGUAGGUUCCUGUUGCUAAUGGGCCUUACAUUAGGGACGUGAGGUUUCAGUGAAUUUCGCCUUGGUGGUGGCAGUCAUUGAAUCAGUUGGACAGCAGAUAGCUAGGCGUUAUCAACCUAGAGCAUGGCUACAACUGAGGUCUUUCGACCUUCAAAUACGCCAUUGCAUGUGCGUCCAAAAACACAACAAGAAGGAGCAUUUCAGCAUGCAGACAAGCAGCAUAAACGUCCAGCCACCCAGAGCGGCUAUCGCUUUGGCCAGCUCAGCCACAAUUCUUUCUUCACCAGACAUAAUCCACACCCACGGCGAGUGAGACACUUGAAAGGUUUACUAGAUAUGCCAAUCUGUUCAGUGAAUGAUGAUGGUUUCUUUGCCAGCCCCAGAUAUUCUCUCUUCUACAAUUCACCCAACUCUUACAAUGAUGCAAAGAGUAUGCAGCGAGGCCUAGGGGUGACUCUCCCAGUGAAUGCAAUUAACGUGAACUCAACUCUUCACCCUAUCAACACCAUCACAGGCCUCCAACACUUUACUGGACUAAACAGUUACCCCUUUAGAGAAAAGGCUGUCCCAAAAGUAGGAAUGGUACCCCAGACAGAGGCCUGGAGGGACGAGCUUAAGAUGCUGACGGAAUUAGCCCAGUAUAACCCAUCAGAGGACAGGAGGCUGAAACCAGAGGAGAAGAAAGUGGAAGAGAUGACACGACCCAAGACACAGUACUCCAGUGAAACUGGUCGCCUUAUCCCUCCCCCAUCCCGUGCAAUGACAAGACAAGGCUCAAGACAGAACAAGAGGCAGCAAUUCUUCAGUCAGUAUGAACAUAUUGCACCUGAACCAGACAUGGAAACUAUGGUAUUCCAAAUGUUGGCUCAGAUUCUGCAGACUGAUGAUCCCAAUGCUGUACAGGCAUGGCUGGUAUCUUCAGGAGAAAGAGAAAAAGCCUUGGUGUUAGAUAUGAUAAGAGCUGCUAUCACAUCGCGGGAAGAGUACUACAACAAAGCAGGCAAUCCCCAGGAGUACGUAGAGCCUAGCAGAGUGGGAACAGCCAUGGACAGAAUUGCCACAGCCUCCGUGGAGAGGGUACAGACGGCCAUGUUGGGAAUCACCGAGGCCACACAGACUGGGGCCUCAUUAGAAGGAUCAGCUCAAAUUAUUAAUAGACUAAACCUAGAAGGUGACAAACCUGUGGAGGAGCACAGUCUAGCAGGGGACAUUGAUGCUGCAGGUAGCCAGGACAGGAACUGGACAGCUCGGUAUUCAUGGACACCAGAGAGGGAGGCCAAGAAAGCACCUGCAUUUCUUCCAGAGAUCAACCAGAAAGGAGGCGAAGAAGUUGUUUCUCCUGUAUUCCGAGUGAAGAAUUCUCCAAGAAAAUCCCCAAGGAAGGAAUCUCCACGUGAAGCGAUGCCCCCCAUCCCCAAAUCACCUGUCAAGGUGGCCACUCCAAGGAGCCCAAGGAAGGACAGUCCUAAGCUCCGUUACACCACUCCAACAAAAGAUGAGGCACAGGCAGCAGCAGAGAAAGCGGCAAAAAUUAGGUCCAUUUUGUUAGAGCAGGAACAGGCAUGGCAGCAGGAGAAGUCUAUACCUUGAAACCAUUCAGAGUAUUAAAAUAUUUAAGCAAACUGCAAACAUAGGUUGAGAAAAGAAGAAAUAUGUGUACUAUCCAACAUAUAAUUUUUUUAGUGGAGGGGAACAGCAUUCAUAGUAAUUUAUAAAUACUUCUUAAAGGAGGUUCACCACGUUUGUCAUCCAUUCAACCUUCCGUCAUUUCUUAAUUGUGAUAUUGAUAGAUCUUUUUGAACCAAUAUCAUUUUUCGUGGAAUGUUUUGUUGAACAAGUUUUCCACUCGACCUUCUUUUUAUUUAUGAAGGCUGGAUGCUUCCAUCAGAAAUUGUACACAAAUGAGGCAAGUCCAGUGGACCUCUUGCUACAAUUUUGCAGUUUGAAGGUAUUAUUAAUUAUAUAGAUACUGGGAGUACCACCCAGAAUCUCUUGAUUAAGAGCAACAUGUGAUACCGUUUCUUCCACCCAUGUUUCUAUGGCAUCCAUGGUGGGGACUCUCCUCAAACAGAGGGUAGUGACUCUUUUCAUGUCAUAAAGUAAAAAGAAUGAAGUUCAAAUAACCAAAUUUGCUCCUUAACUAAAAGCAUAAUAUGUAAUAAUACUUUUACACCUAUGGACUUCAGAACUUAAUUUUCUCUUUUAUAAAGGCUAAAUUUUGGUAGCUGAAAUUUUGACAAAUAUUAUCAGAUGUGCCUAAAUGUCUUUGUGAAAAGACAUGAACUAUGGAAUUAAAUAACAACUUUGCAGAAAAAGAGAAACUGAACAACAAUUUUGAAUAGAAAUGAUUCGAUUAUUUUAGAUGUUGUUAUUGUUAUUAAAACUGAAGUCUGCGCCUUUUAUGUUUGAUGUGUUAACAUGUCAAGUGAACAUAUUUCAAUCUUUGUAUGGACUUCCUUAUUCUACUAACCUCCUGCUAUCAAUCUGCAAAAGGCAGUUGUAGGUAAGCAGGGUCAAAGACAGCCAAAUAUUUUUAUCUUAAAGAUAACACUUGACUUUCAGUCUUUAGUCAUUUUGCAA